UUACCCUCGCGAGUUCCGGCCGGCGCUGAGACCAAGCUAGCAAGAUAAGUGUGCUGCGGAGUAGCUGACACACGGACGCUGUAAUUCAACAUGUUUCUUUGUUGAUUAAUUUGGUACGAGGGUCCGAAGUCCUAUGUUUUAGUGCUCGGAUUCAUCUAAUCCCACCAAUUUGUCUGAAGGAAUUCUAGGUGUCUUCUUCUCUGGUUAUUAGGUGUCGCCUGUGUUUUGUGGACAAAGAUGGUAGCAAUUAUGAGGGAACUUGGAAAAGCUAUGUGUUUUGUAUGUUCAGUGGAAUUUUGGAGAAUGGCCGUGCUUUGGACCUUCUCGCUCUUGACCUCUUACUGGCAGCUAUACACCACAAGGCAUUCUUCAAAAUCUUACUGCUUUCCGCGCUGCAAGCCUCAAGUGAGUCAGACUAUGAGGCCCGUUUCUGUUAUCACGGGUGCUACAUCUGGGUUGGGAGCAGCUGCAGCUCAUGCUCUUUCAAGGGAAGGUUUCUAUGUUGUUCUUGGUAGGUACCAUCACCAAUCCCACUUCACCAAUUUUAGUGAUUUUUUUCAAUUUUUGUUAGCUCUAUUCAUUGGACUGAUAAUAUGGUAACUUGCUUACUGGUUGGUUUAAUAAAUUAUUAAAAUACCAUCUCUCUUGUGCGUUUUAGAAGACAGAAUGAUUCAUUCUGGAGAAUACGUUUGUUUGCAUAGUCCACGUCCAAUGUAUGGUUUAGAAGUCCUGACCUGUGUGUAAUCCUUUGAAGACAAAAUUUUUGAGUUGUUCGCCAAAAAAAUAAAUCCUAUGAAGACAAACAAUUUGCUUUCUUCUUUUAAUUGCAUUUUAAUUUAGUGCCAUUCAAGGAUGUAUCCUGAUGAUUCUCAUGGAAUGGCAAAGAUGUACUAAAAGACUUUUUUGGUGAUUGAUACUUGAUAAACUAUCCUGUCAAUCGAUACGGCUCCUUGUGUUUUUUAUGAAAUGUCGUGACAUUGGGGUGCCUGGUUUGGCUGAUAUUUUGUUGUUCCUGCAGUUGGACGCUCAUCCUGUUUGUUAUCUAAGAUUGUGACAGAGAUAAAAACCCAGAAAGAAGAUGCUUAUCUCAAGGCUUUUCAGGUUGACCUCAUGUCAUUUCAGUCAAUCUUGGACUUUAAAAGCUCACUUCAGCAAUGGCUUUUGAAUUCAGAAAUGCAUUUGUCAAUCCAGCUUUUGAUAAAUAAUGCUGGGAUACUGGCAACAUCAUCAAGGCUCACACCUGAGGGCUAUGAUGAGUAAUGACCUGCACUACGCUGAAUCAAUAGAGCUUUAUGGUGUUCUUUUGACAAUUUGACUAAAGCCAAAGAUCAUAUAUGCUGCAUUUUCCUUUUGUUAAAGCUAAAUUUGAGACCAGCUAUUGUCUCAGUAUUCUGACUUAUUUCUUUUCCACUUGAGCCAUGUUCCAAAAGCAGUGUCUGAUUGCUCUAGAUUUCAUAAGUUCUGAUACUUUUCAGGAUGUUGGGUACAAAUUACAUUGGUCCGUUUUGUCUCACAAAGCUCUUACUACCUCUUCUCAAGAACAGCCCCAUUCCUUCUCGGAUAGUUAAUGUAACAUCCUUCACACAUAGAAGCUUGCAUGAUGUACAGGUUGACAAAGACUAUGUUACUGGGAGAUGUUUCUUGAGAGCAAAACGGUAUCCAUAUGCUCAUGUCUAUGAGUAUUCCAAAUUAUGCCUACUUCUCUUUUCAUAUGAACUUCAUCGGCAAGUUGGGUUGAUGGACAAAUAUCAGAACAUCUCUGUAAUGUAUGAGUUUAAAUGCUUUCUUUUUCUUCUGUCGUUUCUUUUCUUAAUAUCUUUGAGUUAAGUUGCAUUUGGUGGAACACAUAUUCAUUUCAUGUAGUCUUUAGAAGGCUUAUCUUUCGUUCUAUUUCCUAGUUGUUUAUCAAGUAGUGCUUCUUUUCUGGCAUCUCACACCAUUGACAACAAAAUUCUUCCCCCUUUUACCAUGGAAAGUUUGAUCCUUUUUCAGAGCAAUUUUUUAGAAAUUUUCUUAAGCGGCAUAUCUAUCAUGCUUUUCAACUUCAAGGAUAAUAUGUUUCUAAGUGAUUACCUCUCCUGCA